UAAUGAAAGGAGUGUGAAAGGCAAGAUCGUGAGCAUACAGUUGGCUCACGGAAGCGUCUUCUUCAGAUGGCAAAUGGCUUCCCUGAUUUAGAUUCGAAAGCUAUGACUCUAUGUUGCUUUCGUUUUGCCUUAAGACUACUUGUGCCCUACAAUGGAGAUAGACAUAAACAUUUGGACACUUCAAUUACAUGGAAAGAUGAAAGAAAAUUUGGGAAAAAAGGCAAGUCAGACAUGUAUCAGUGUGUCGGAUAUAGGAUCCCGAGUCCAAGCAACAUUGCUAUGUAUAUUAUCCCUUCCCUGCUUAUGUUUGGUUGCUUUACGCUCUUGGCUAUCAGUUUGCAUGAAAAACCUAUGUUUUCUUUAAGCAAAGCUUGGCCUCUGAUUUCAGAGACAAUCAUUGGAUUAUGCUGGGAUCUUUCCUCAAUAUUCUUCAUCAGCACUCUUGAUGACAGUUGCAGGAAAUUUCAGAAAAUAAAGGAGCUUGAUUUGGCUUAUGUUCGUUUCAGCACAAGCAUAUAUGUUACUGCUGAAUCCAGCACCCAUAAUUCUAUUGACUGCUGUAUUUGAGGCUUUAUGCAUUGCGAUGCAUCUUCAAUGACAUCCAUGGGAGUUACUUUUCUAAAAGCAGCAUUAGUAUCUGCUCUAUGGAUCUUGAAUUUCUAGUCAUGAGUAAUGGGGCACAGGCAAAAGAGCUCGAACACAAAUUACAGAUGCAGUUAUCUCUAAAGGCAAGGGCUAAUCCUGUGUCGCCCAUUCUUAGACAAGCUGAGAGGAUAGGCUGGGAGGCAUCUGCUGAUGGAUAGAGGAUAAGAUGAUCCUGAUCAGUUGAUCACCACGGCAGAAAAUGCGGCAAUUUGACACCUUCAUUAGCUUGGCCUCUUGGUGUGGUUUCUUUCUUUAAUCUUUUGGCAAAUUUCUUGCAGAACUGACAUUGAAGUCAA